AUGAUGAACAUGAAUCCGAUGUCGCUGCCACACCCGCAACCGCAUCCACAUCCUCAUCCGCCGCAUCACCACAACCUACCGCACUCUCACCCCCCGCCCCUGUUGCAAGGACUCCCGCCCCAAGCUGGCGCCCAUUACUUGGAGUGUCAGGCAUUACCGGCAAUCAACGAGACAUUUCCGCAAUUUAGCCAGCACCGUCCGGCGAUUUCGCUCCUUUCGCCGCUGGAUCUCUCGCUCCGGGCAGCGGCCAGUAUAGUGCCAAUUACCCCACCCUCCACGCCCUCGCCGCCCCGCAAGCGCCAGAGAUUGAUGUCCGAGGAGAAUUACCUGUGGCGACCGCACAUGUCCAACACCCCGGCUCCCGGGAAUCCGGGAAAUUCUUCAAAUGUCGCCUCAACGGCAACAGUUUCCCAGGCGAUUCAGCCUUCGGGUUACUUCCUACAGCAGCAGCAGCAGCCACAUCAGCAACAGCAACAACAAAAUCUUCCGCCGUAUGGUCUCCGGACUUUCGAUGCGGCUGCCUUUCAGAAAAGUCAUUUUCACGAAACGAAAAAUAACUUUGAGCAAAUUCCGGCAAGUCAAUCGAGCGCACCACCACCGCUGCCGCCACGACCCACACCAGUGGCCACCAGUUCCUCGCCCAUCUACGUGGACGACGAGACAAUCGUGUUGACCGAGGACGAGGAUGAAACAGUUGUCAGUUCCCAUGACUACAAUGAUUACGCCACGGACACCGAGGAAGUCAACGAGGGCGACGAUGAUGAACCGACCCAGGAUGACGAGGAGGAGGAGGUCUUUGUGGAUGUCCUGGGCAGUGACGAUGAUGAAGACGAUAAUGACGAUGCGGCAAGAUUGCAGUCGGGUCAGGGAGCCAAGGCUCUGAAGCGCAAUGAGUUGCUGUACGAGGAUGAGGAGCUACACAACCGGGCCGUCGAUGGCCUGGCCAGGCUUUUCGAGCGGGAUUUUCAGCAACCGAAAGCAUUACCAGAAGUUGAGGUGACCGACGAGGAAGCCGCGGAGAAAACUUACACGGAUUUGAGCGGGGUGGCCAGGACAGAAAAGAGGAAUUCCCCACCCCUGCCACUACUGGCUCCACCACCACUCCCUCCUCUUCCUCCCCCUGCCACAUUCUCCGCCUCAAGACACCACAAACAUGAACGGAAGCGCUCCAAGCUAAGGAAACAUACGGCAAUCGACGAGGAGACCAUCAGUCCCGUAUCCGGAACAAUUAUCCGGAAGCUUCGCGACGACGAAGAGCUGGUGGUGCGCAAAGGCGACAUUGAUCCGGCUUUCAACGUGGUGGAAAUCACCGAGGAGGCCAAGGCCAUCCUGGCCAGCAUCGAUAAUAAGAUUGGCGACUACCUGUGUCAGCUUUGUCGCACUGUCUACGACGACGCCUUCAUGCUGGCCCAGCAUCGGUGUCCCCGUAUAGUCCACAUCGAGUACAAGUGCUCCGAGUGCGAAAAGGUCUUUAAUUGUCCUGCCAAUCUGGCCUCACAUCGAAGGUGGCAUAAGCCCAAGGCAGAUGCAUCUCCCAGUUCCUCUGGCAAUUCUGGCAAGAGACGUCAUGUGGAGACCGGGGAUGGGCCUCACGACUCGGGAAGAGGCGGCGAAGAUAGUACCGAUGGCGUAUAUCCUUGUCAUGUAUGUGGCAAGUCCUUCCGACGCCAAGCUUAUCUGAAGAAACACCAGGCCUCCCAUCAAAUGCUGGAAAAUCUCAAGAACUUGGACUUCUUCAAGGCCCAACAGCAACAUCAUCAUCAGCACCAACAGCAGCAGUUAACUCUCAACAGCCAUCAGCUGCCAGAUCCCGGCCAAGUGACAGCUACUUCCUCGGCCACGCCGUACGAUGGGAUGCCACGUCCACCCCAUGGAAUGCCCAUUUAUCCACCGGCUGCAGCCAAGAACUAUGCGAUGAGUGGGCAACGCUUUCCCGGAUUUCCCUUCCAGCCCUUCGACCAACGCCGCUUCUAUUCCUUGAGUGAAUUCUACCUAUCCCAGCAUCUGGAACGCUCCUCGGCCUUCCAGUAUGUCCAGGCGAAUCACCUGCGGCAACUCUCGAACGUGGCCCAAACGCUGCUGCCUCCGAUGUCGGUUAAAUGACCCAACCCCAAUGCGAGUGUCCUGCGUCCAGUC